AUGUCUACCCCGCCUCGUGUUGUCAUCGAUUCGCCACGUUCUGUUCGUUCUCCACCUCGCUCUCCUCGUCUUUCCGGGCUUCUGUUUGCGUUAAGGGAUGUCAUUGGGAAUGACCCCGACGACGCUCCAGAGGAGGACGGCGAUGCCUCUUUUGGUGAUUCCGAGAAUUGGUCCUCCAGUUUGCCGACCCUUACCAACCCCAUUGGUUUUGGGCAUUACUCACAGCCUGAUGAUAUUGAGUCUGACGGCGUGAGGUCUUCUGAAAGCACAACGAUACCUUUCAACGAGGACUCACUUGUUCCAUCACCUUCGCUUGACCAAAAUUCAUCUUCGUUAUUUGCCCCCCCAGGGGACAUCAGCAACAGUGUUGACCACUCUGGUAGUCCGUUGACCGCUUUUUCAGGAGACCUGGGCGAGGAUGACACAUUGUCUCUGCCAUUAACCUCAUCUCAAGACAUCCCUAGUACCCCUACAAUCGAAGCUACCCAAAGCUCACCGGACGCCAUACAGCGUUUGGAUAUUUCUUCCACCACUACAGCACAAUUCAAUGACCUUUUAUCGCCAGUCGAGUUAUCUAGUCUUCGUCUGAGUAUCUUCAGUAAUCGCGCAGCUAAUCCUAGUCCGGCAACGGAUGGGGAUUCCAUUGAUUCUGGCUAUGCAGAUGCCUGGAAAGGGCCGGCAUCUCUGCUCAUGUCUCCCCCUCGAAGCCCAUCGUUGAGCUCGACUUUCGAUCUCCUUGCCUCACCCUUUCGCCCUCCUUCGUCACACAUUUUGUCUCCUCGCCUCAGUGCCUUUAUAGGGCGCUCUCCAUCGUCACCUUUCAACACGGAAUUCCCGGAUAAUCGUGAAGAAGGGGAACCAACAGACCUUAGUUUAGACUCACCUGAUGAUUUUUUACGUCCAGGACCUGAAGAGAAUGAAGUAGAAAACUCGCCCCAGAAGAUACCAUUCUUCGAGCCGGAAGAUUCUGCACGAAUCCCUAUAACAGAACUAUGCGAGGACGAAGAAGAGGGGGAAGUGGAAGUGGAGGACGAAGAGGAAGAGGAGGCUCAGCUGGAUUCUUAUGGCCACACAUCAGUCUGGGACGCAGAGGGAGGCCCAACAGCCGUAUUCGUGGGUUCUGAAGACCCCAUCCGAAACCAAGUUAUUGACGCUAUUAGGCGUAUAAGUUCAACUCCCACUCAUUUCCUCACUACUUCGAGGGAGAUGCCAUUUUCCAACGAAGAACUUGAAGCUGAAUCGUCACACUUUUCGGAUGAUGAGGACGACGUUCCAAAAUUUUCGACCUUUACACAGGAUAAUGCAUUUGAAGAAGAAUCUUUACAAUCUGAGGAUAAUCCUGAGCUGGAUUCGACUGCUCAUCUGGCGUACCUUCAAAGCCCACCAGCUGAUGAUACUUUGCAUUCAUUAUACGACGUCUACUCGGCCUUUGCGCCUCCGCGGGAUAUCGUUGCUGAUUCUAUUCGGAAUGCAGGCAUGAGCCCUCCCAGCAGCCCUCGAAGAUCUGUUGAGCCACUUUUACGAUCCAACUCCUCGACUCCUGCUAGCUCUUUGCGAGAACGAGUCUUUACACCCCCUCCACAUCAAUAUAGUAGGGCUCGCUCAAGUGCGGUCGCAGACUCACCAACCUCACUGUCAUCCCCUAUCACAUCGCUUGAUUCGGGUCGCGCUUCUCCCUUGUCUGCUCGAUCUGAUACCAGGUCUUCUCGAUGUCCUGACAGUCCCAAUGAACAGGAGAUAGAAGUCUCCAGGAAAAUUCCCUUUGGAUUCCGACAUUCUUUUUCAUUCGGUCGCUCUAGCAAGUCUUCCCUCAUUUCAAAUCGAGCAUCACGCAACGCGUCUCGGGCUCCUGUCGACCCCGUAGAGGAGGAACAAAAGACUGCAGGAAACCCGCCCUCAAACUCUUCGGCUAACCGCUUAAAACCUCUUCGGCUGCUAUCGUAUGUCUGGAAAUCUAAACCGCGCAUCUCUUUCAUCUACAAAUGUACCAUCAACCAAUGUCUUGCCACGAAACCCCAUGGUAAAGUAUUCAGUGGCCUUCAUGUUGCCCUUGCUCAAUCUCCCUUUAGCUCUCUUCAGCAGGCUCAAGUCUCAUACCCUCUCAUCUUCGCCAUGCGACCCUUGAUUCAAGAAAUCGAACUCCGUCACUCGCCAGUCGCUUUUAACCAUUCUUGGCCUGUGUCUCCGCCCUCGGAUCACACCAAGACUGUCCAUCGCUCCUCAAGUAGACUUUCGGAGCCUUCUUACCCCGUAGAUGAAGAUGAGGAGGAAGACGAUACUAUCCCUCGUAGCCAUGACCCGUACGACGAAACUAUCCGGAGGUCUGUUCUUGUCCCACCUCAUACCGCGCCUGCAUCGCGCACUGGGCCUGCCGCUCGCCCAUCCAUGUUUGCUAUCGCUACCCCACGCCCAACCCUUAUGUUCGCUAUUGCUAGCGACGACGUCGAGCAAGUACGUCAGGUACUCGAAAGCGGGGAUGCUGGCCCAAAUGAUUCCGUUGGGCCACAGUCGGCAUUAGCGUUUGCUCUGACGAACGAUCAACUCACGCAUAAGAUCGACAUUGUCAAGACGCUCCUGGCUUAUGGUGCCGAUCCUUCAGUGCUGAAAAACCCAGAACUUCAACCACGGAGACGAAGGUCGUCGGAGUUGGACGAAGACGCUAUUGCUCGAGAAACUCAAGCGUCAAAGAACUUGUUUGAUGAGAUGGACCAUGCUACAAGGUACUACGUUGAGAGAGCAGACGCUGCUCACACCCGUCGAACAUCUGCUCUCAUUUUCCGGUCAUUCUUCCGUCCACUGACUCGUGUUCGGUACGAGAUUGUGGGCCAAGACAGGGCUUUGGAGCAGCUGUUCAGGGUACUGAGCAUUCACUCUCGAGAGCUUUCUGUGACCCCUAUCGUCGUCUUGCUUUGUGGCCCUAGUGGACACGGAAAGAGUCUUCUGGCUCGCAAAUUUGGUUCACUGCUUGAUGUCCCGACGCAUACAGUCAACAUGACCACGCUGAGGUCAACACGCGAUCUAUGGCAAUCAUUUUCAAUGAGUCCUCAUGAGACGCCAACAACCUGUACACUUGCCGAAUUCCUGAUCAACAACGAAGGCAAAAGAUGCGUGGUUGUGUUGGACGAAAUUGAGAAGACAGACGACGAGAAGGCCCUUUGGUCGUUGCUGGUACCCUGGGAACACGGGCGAUGCUCAUUCGAAGCCAAUAGUCGACCAAUUGAUGUGCGAAACGUCAUCUGGCUUGGGACAUCGAAUAUUGGCCACGAUCUAGUAUUCCAACAUCGUGACGCUUGUAAGCAUCCCGAGGAGUUGAUGACACGAGAAGAAUAUGUUGACCUCAUGGGUCUUCUCCGACCUCGAGUAUCAGAGCGCCUGGGUGCGUCUGUCUUGUCAAGAGUCACAACAGUGCUGCCCUUUGUUUCAUUCACAACGGACGAGAAGAAGGCGAUAUCCUCUGAGGCUUUGUAUCAACUUGGGGGAGAGGCGGUUCUGACACUAUCACCACAGGUGGUUGAGUCGGUUGUGAAUACUGCGCUGGCGAACUACUCGGCAGAGGAGGGCGUCGGAUGGACGUGGGCUGUUCCCGCUACCGACUUGCGGAUAAGAUCUUGCCAGUCUCGCUGUGUUAUUGACAGCUCUUAA